AGUCGCAUCAAAGCGAUUUUCGUAGAAUAGCGUUUACAAUUGAGUCGAUAUUCCGCAAUAAAAUGUCUGAUUUAGCGAAAGAGAAAGCAGCACGUCUGCUGAAGAAGCGCGGAAGCUUGUCUUCUCUGGGCAGUCAUGAAGUCAGAGCUAAAGAAGCCUUUGCCAAAACUAAGGACUCUAUCAGCACAGUGUCCUACAUGGAGGAGCCUGGACAUCAUGAUGAUAUUCCACGGCCUGCGGUGCAAAUGGAGAACACCUAUCAGCUCAGGCCCGCACGACGUUUCCCGGUGUUAACAGUGAAGGACAUUCUGAAGGAUGUGUUGACCAGCUACCUGCAGGAGGAGAAAUAUGAACCCGAGCUGUGCAGACAGAUGACCAAAACCAUCUCUGAGGUGGUCAAGGCCAGAGUUAAAGAUUUGAUGAUUCCCCGCUAUAAGAUCAUCGUCAUCAUCAGCAUUGGUCAGAUCAGAGACCAGAACAUGCGCAUGGGGAGUCGAUGCCUGUGGGACGAAACAAACGAUAAUUUCUCCUCGCAUACUUUCAAAAACAGCUCGCUCUUCGCCACCGCUACUGUCUAUGGUGUUUAUUUUGAAUGAGUGUGUAAGAAUAUCAGCUGGGUUUUAGUGACGAGUGAUUUCAGCCGACCAGUGGCAUCUACACUUCAUAUUUGCUCUGAGCUGUCUCAAGUCAGUUAAAUGGCCUUUAAAAUGACUUUUUGAGCUUACAACUAACUAGAGGUUGAGUAAGUAUGAGGCAAUUCCGUUUCCUCAACAUCUCUCAUAAUGAUAAGUUAAAUGCAACGGUUUAAACAAACAUAGGAACAUACUGCUGACUGUGUGCAUUUGAGAUA